AUGGAAAAAAGGAAGAAGGAGCCUAGAUUGGAAACAAAAACUGGGUGUGAAGCCCGAAUGGAUGUUAAAUUUGUACCAGAAACUGGAAGGUGGCAUAUUUUUUGUUUCUCUGACGAACACAACCAUGAUCUAUUGGAUACACAAUUCAGUGCUAUGUUGCAUGCCCACAGAAAAAUGUCAGAGGCAGAUAUUAUGCAAAUGAUGAACAUGCUAAAGUUCGGGAUUAGCACUUCACAGAUAUUUGGUCUUCUAGCUAGUCAAGCAGGCGGGUAUGAAUUUGUUGGCUAUGGUUCCAGAGAUAUGUACAAUGAGAUUGCUCGGCAAAGGCGUCAAAUUCAUGGUGAUGCAGCACGAGUGUUGAAGAAGUUGGAGGAUAUGCGGUUGAAGGAUCCACAAUUAUAUUUCAAGGCAUGUCAUGAUUCAAGAGGCUUGUUACGUAACUUGUUCUGGUCUGAUGGGAUUAGCCAACUAGACUACCGACUCUUCAGGGAUGUUAUUGCUUUUGAUACUAUGUACAAGAAGAACAAGUAUAGUUGUCCAUUAGUCAUAUUCAGCGGGGUUAACCACCACAACCAAACAAUUGUUUUUGCUACUGCGUUUAUUGUGGACGAAACUACUAAUACAUAUAUUUGGCUCCUGCGUCAGCUCAUGUUUGCAAUGAAGGAUUAUGCGCUUGGCCACCUUAUUCGAAAUGCAACUAGCAAUGUUGGAAAUCCAUCAUUUACAUCUAAAUUUAGAAAAAUCAUGUUGGAAGACUACGAGAUUCCCGUGUUUAAGCGUAAGUGGGUUCAGCUUAUUAAAGAAUUUGGCCUUGAAGAUAAGCCGUGGGUGAACAACAUGUAUGAAGAGAAGCAUAUGUAUGUGGGGUCGCAGUAUGAUUUGACAAGUUUUGUAGAGCAUUUUCAAAGGUGUGUUGCACACUUGCGCUUUAAAGAAUUUAAUGCUGAUUAUGAAUCUACACGUGAGGUACCCGUCAUGCAAACUUGUAUAGAGCUGCUAGAGAGAUUUGCUGCUGAGUUGUACACUCAUGAGAUAUUUCUUUUAUUUCGGCCAUUUCUCUCUAGAGCUGGAUCAAUGCGGGUGCUAAACAAAAUAGAGAAUAACGAAGAUUGCAUAAAGUACAUUGUGUGUAAGCAUGGGAGGCCCGAUUUUCUGUGGAUCGUUGAAUUUCAUCAAGAAGAAAUGAUCUUCAUGUGUACCUGUUUAAGAAUGGAGUCAUUUGGAAUUCCAUGCGAACAUAUUGUGAAAGUUCUCGUUGACAAAGACAUUUGUGAGAUUCUCCGGUCAUUGGUAUUGGAUAGAUGGAACAAAAAUGUGAAAUCAGCACUCAAUGAUCCAAGUGGGUUCACUAGGAAUGCUGUUGUUAUUAGUCGUCAAAGUACCUUGAUGGAAUUUUCUAAACAAUUGGCUGCUGUUGCUGCUAAAGUACCAGAGAGAUAUGAAGAGACACGUGACAAAAUUAUGGGAUUGUACUCAUAUUACAAGGCUGCAGACGAAGGCACUAAUCAACCUUAG